AUGCUCGUCAACGCCGGCUUUGCUCUCACGGUCUUCCUCGCCCUCUCGGGUGCUGUCGAAGGCGCCCGCACCAAGAAGGGCGGCAAGUGGUCCAAGUACAUGAAGUCUCUCGACAAGGUCAUCGGCUCUGCCGAAAACACCGCCCGCAUGUCGACCGAGGCCAAGAGCCUGUACAAGGCCUAUGUCGCCAACAAGAAGGAUGCCAGCUUCCAGAGCCUCGUCUCUCAGGUCAAGAACAAGACCGCCUCUAGCAAGGUUGCCGCCAAGGUGGUUGUCAACGACCAGUCCGUCAAGAACAUUGCCACCCAAGUCUUUGGAAGCAACCCCUCGGCCAAGCACAUCGCUGCCACCCGCGCCGCCAUGCUGCCCUCUUCGUGGGACUCCCGUAACUCGGGCUGGGUCUCCGCCGUCAAGGACCAGGGCCAGUGCGGCAGCUGCGUUGCCUUCUCCUCGGCUGCCACCGUCGAGAGCACCUUCCUGAGCCAGGGCACCACCAUUGACGUCUCCGAGGCCGACAUCUUCUUCUGCCUUGCCGCUGGCCAGGCCCAGUGCAGCACUGGCUGGGAGCCCGAUGCGGCCGCUAGCGCCAUCUCCCAGAACGGUGUCGUCACCGAGGACUGCUUCCCCUACACUGCCGGCACCGGCCAGGACCAGCAGUGCAACGACAGCAACUGCCAGCGCACCGGCGGCAUCUCCGAGGCCUCGUUCGGCAGCGUCGACGAGAUCAAGCAGCACAUCAUGACCUACGGCGCCGUCUUCACUGGCUUCACUGUCUACAGCGACUUUGACAACUGCUGCACCAACAACCAGAUCUACAUGCAGCAGUCCAACCAGCAGGUUGGUGGCCACGCCGUCUCGAUCGUCGGCUGGGACGAGGGCAACCAGGCCUGGCUCUGCAAGAACUCCUGGACGGCCUCCUGGGGUACCGAUGGCUUCUUCUGGAUCGGAUACGGCCAGUGCGGCAUCGGUGCCACCAGCCAGACCUUUGGCUUUGCCGUCUCGGGCAACAACCCCAACCCUCCUUCUCCCGGUCCUCCCGGCCCUCCCUCGCCCCCUCCCCCUCCUCCUCCCUCGGGCGACUGCACCAACGCUGACCCCUACAGCAUUGUCUGCAUCGACUCGAGCGACUUUUGGUACUGCGACCCCGCUGGCCCCAUGGAGUACUCUUGCCCCGACGGCUCCUCCUGCACCGGUGACAUCAACAACCCCUGCCAGUAA